AUGAUCGACGCCGAGACGGCGCCCAAGGCUCGCGCCAAGCCGCGGAACAAGAAGAGCGCGCCUUACGACGACGCGGAGGACGGCGAGGACCCCAGCAGCGUCAAGAAGGUCAAGCGCAGGCGCGCGAACCAAAAGCGACGCGACGCUGCAGAGGACGAGGACGACGAGCGCCAGCCCUUCAAGGAGAUGAAGCAGCUGCCGCUGGGCCCCGAUAGCCUGCACUUGAUGCAGCACAUGCACGAGGGCCAGCGCUACGACCGGCAGCCGAGGCUGCUGCCGGAGAUCGACGGCGUCCAGAGCCUGUCGCACCAUGAAGCGCAGCUGGACAUCAAGAGCAUUCAGCAGGAGGUGGCGGCCUUUGAAGCCAAGUCGGGGAUUAAACUGCCCGGAGGACCUUGGAACAAUGAGGACAAGGAGCAUCGACGAUUGUUCCUGGUCGAUGAGAAUGACAGCGACGCGGAUGUGGCUCCUUUGAAGAACCGACGAUCGAGACCUAGUGGAGUUAUUGCGCCUGAGGAGAUUGUGGAGACCUUGCCGGCUGCGAGACGAGCGGUGAGGAUCACGCAGCGUGAACUGCGAGCCAUGCGGAUCGAGCGGGAGGACCUGGAGAGAGCGUACGUGCGGCAUCGAUGCACGCUGCUGUGGCAGGUCGGCGAAAUGAAGCGCAUGCAGAAGCAGCAUGAGCGCGUGACGCGCGCGUUGAGUCGCGACGUGGUGAAUACGGCGAGAGAGUUGGAGUCCAGUCGACGACGCACGAAUGCGCUUCAGGAUAUUAUGAACGAGCUUGAAGCUCGAGGAAGCAGUAUUUUGCGUCUGACUCGGGAGAAGAGCAGGCUCGAGGCGUUGCUGGAAGUCAACAGCAUUGAGCUCCCAGAGAUUGACGAGGUGUGUGUCGGUGACCGUGUGAAAUGCGUUCCGUUUGGGAUUGGUCGAGUAUUAGAACUGCGCUUGGAUACCAGGCAGCUUGUCGUGAAGCUCGAUUUUGGUGGCGUUGGAUAUAUUCAGGAAGAAAACGUGGAGGUUUUGCCGACAGACGCUACGUAUACGGAGAAUGAGGAAGCCCUCAAACAGCGUUUCUUUGAGAAGAUCGGCGCUUUGGUGAAGCCUACGGGCAAGCUGCGCAUGCUGAACGGAGGUUUCGACUUUACAGGAGACAGCGACGAUGAGGAAGAAUCUGAAGACGACAGCGAUGCUUCAUCAUCCGAUGAUGAAUCAUCAGCUGCUCCGGCAGAUGACUCGUUCGAAGAGACCAUUCAGCGUAAGGGCAAGAAGCGACGCCUCAUUAUGACAGCGCCACCCGGAACGAGCACCAAGAAGUCGAAGAACCGCCGUGUCAUUGAGUUCCCAGCGUCUUCAGUCCCCAUUGCACCAUUUGAUACUGGCCUUUUGAUCAGUCCGCUGAGCGAGCUGCCUGAGCGUGUAGCUGCUGUCGGCCCCAAUGCACUUCAGUGGCUUCCAUCGUAUUUGCCUAAGAACAUGGACGAGUGGGAGCAAGAGCGCUACAACUCGCUGCAAAUGAAGGGCGAGAUCGAGCGUCUGAGGUUCCAGCUUCAGAAGUCGGAAGCUCAAAAGUUGGAUGCUCAGCAGUUAGCAAGCGACCAGCUGGAGUCUAUUAACCAGCUUGUGUCGCAGGUACAUGUUAUUGAUUCGCAUGCUGUGACUGUUGAUGGUUCUCACGCUCGUUGA